ACUAAUGUGAUCUGGGGGAGUCUACACAGAACAUUCCUGGUCAGAAGGCAGAGAUCAAAUAUCCAUGAAAUCUACAGCUCCAGGGAUUGUAAACUUGUUUUGCUGUGUUUUCAGAUGGGAGGACAGGUACAAUUCUUUAAGAAGGGGGAAGGUGGGAAUUGCCCCAUCCUACUGCUCUGAAACAGUGGUUGGUGGGCCUGUGGGUUCCUGGGAUGAGUAGCUGAUGCAUUAAACUCUUGUCACCAGGUUGAUUUGUGAAGAUGUGCAAUAUUUUUGUCACUGCGUGACCUUUUUGGGUUGGAUAAUUUUUUCCUCUCUGGCAGUUUAGGUUUGUAACCUGAAGUGCAGCGCAUUAAUCUGUUUACAAGGGUAAAUGAGUGAACAUUCCUGUUACAGCUUGGAUCUCUUUCCUCUAAAAAAGGGAGAGGGGGACAGAACAACCCCUUCUCACCUCAGCAUGCCCUACUGACCCAGCUUCAAAGAUGUGACUCAUGGCCCCUCCAGCAGAAAGAUCAGGAGCAGUUUCUGGGUUGAUGCAAGAGCCCCACAGGACACCAGGAAGAUGAGGAUGGAAGGAACCUGGCUGGGUCUGCCCCUUGGGCACCUGCUGGCUCUGGGACACAGGCUCAGAUGGAGAACCAUGGUGGAUUUCAGAAAGUUCAGGCUGUUUGUUUGCCUCCUCGGGCUCAGCUCUGGCGGCUUCUGGUUUCUGUACAACUGGAGCGAGUUCUGCGUGUUCUGUGAGAACAGCCAAGGUUUCCUGUUCCCCACGGAGCCCGUCAGGAGGACAGAAGGAAACUUCUCCCAGCUGCCAGACAUAGACUGCCACAAGAACCCUCCUUUCCUCGUCCUGCUCGUGGCAUCCUCGUGCCAGCACCUGGAUGCCAGGAUGGCCAUCCGGCAGACCUGGGGCAAGGAGAGGACGGUGGCCGGGAAGCGCCUGGUGACGUUUUUCCUCCUGGGAAGCGCCCUGGAUCCCGGCCAGCAGGCUGGCAUCGCUGCUGAGGGCCAAAAGUACGGGGACAUCAUCCAGAAGAACUUCACAGACACCUACUACAACCUGACCCUGAAGACCAUGAUGGGCAUGGAGUGGGUUCACCGGUUUUGUCCCCAGACCGGCUUCGUGAUGAAAACCGACACGGACGUGUUUGUCAACGUUUUUUACCUCACCGAGCUGCUCCUGAGGAAGGGGAAGACCACUGGGUUCUUCACAGGCUUCUUAAAACUGCAUGAGUACCCCAUAAGGAGAAGAGAGAGCAAGUGGUAUGUGAGUAGGGAAGAGUACCCAGGAAAGACCUACCCGCCUUUCUGUUCCGGGACCGGAUAUGUUUUAUCCAGUGACGUUGCCAGUCAGAUCUAUAAUGUUUCUGAGAGCGUCCCCUUCAUUAAGCUGGAGGACGUGUUCAUAGGAAUGUGCCUUGCCAGAUUAAAAAUCAGGCUGGAGGAGCUCCACUCGGAGCAGACAUUCUUCCCAGAAAGGAUCAGGUUCUCCGUUUCCCGCUUUAAGAAAAUCGUGAUGUGCCACGAAGUGGCACCGUCGGAGCAGCUGAGCUACUGGAACCACCUGGUGACAGAAAACCUCGGGGAGGUGCUCUAGCACCUUUCCCUGCUGGAAUCAACACACUGGAAUGCUCUGCUUUUACAGGGCUGCUCUUGACCCCAGCAAAACUCCCAAUUAACUCCAGGUCCAGGAUGUUAAAAGCUUUUUAAAUGGUUAUUUUAAUCACGGAAUUAUUAAGGCUGGAAGAGACCUCCAAAAUCAUCAAGUCCAGCCUUUGACCUUUAUCAAC